AUGGAGGAUAGACAGGAACAACUAUCCUUGAAGUCGUCGCCAGGACUUACUUGGUCAUUAUUGGCUUGGUUAUCAUUGGCAUGUGCUGAUGGUCAAGGCGAAUGGAGCACGUCACACUCGACACUCGAUAAACGGCGCACGCAAUUGCUUCGCACAAUGGACAAGAAACCGAACGGAGGGACUGAUGCUGGGCUGAGGAGUUUGAAUCACUAUCAGAAUAGUCUUCCGAAAUGGCGGUACUAUCCCCGACAAAAAAUCCUACCCGUGGUGCGAUUCGAGACACCCUAUCUAGCUUGGUUUCAGGACAAGGUGCGCUCGCCUAUGCUUGAUUCAUACUUUGCAUUCACUGCAAAUCUCGGCACUCAUACGUUCUUUACCGUCUUUCUACCGGUACUGUUCUGGUGUGGAUAUCCAAGUUUGGGUCGCGGAAUGGUCAAUGUUUUGGCUGCGGGCGUCUUCUUUAGUGGCUUCCUCAAAGACUUGCUCUGUCUGCCUCGUCCUCUGUCUCCCCCGCUUCAGCGAAUUACCAUGUCUGGGUCGGCCGCAUUAGAAUAUGGGUUUCCCUCGACGCAUUCCACAAACGCAGUCUCCGUUGCAAUUUAUUUGCUGUCGCUUUUAUGGUCGGAUACGACAUUGAGUCCUCCCGUCAAAUUUGCAUCUCAGGCAGCUCUUUAUACCUACGCCGUGUCUAUCAUCAUCGGCCGUCUAUAUUGUGGAAUGCAUGGUUUCCUCGACGUGAUUAUCGGCAGUGGGUUAGGAGCUUUGAUUGCAUGGUUUCAGAUCGUAUAUGGACCAGCGUGGGACGCCUGGAUUGUCGGUGCGUCAGGAAAGGAAGUAGUGCUUUUGAUCUUGGUCGUGCUCGUCUUGAUCAGAAUACACCCCGAGCCGGCGGACGACUGCCCAUGCUUUGACGACAGUGUUUCUUUUGCUGCUGUCUUUAUCGGUUGUCAUGUGGCAGCCUGGGACUUAUCCAAAUCAACUAUUGGCUCGGCGGAGCUCACUCCGGACACCAUUCCGUACCGACUAGAUAUAGGCUGGUUUAAGACUAUUAUGCGCUUUGUCAUCGGUGUCCUUAUCAUCUUUGCAUGGAGGGAGUUUACAAAGCCUUUACUGUUGCGUGUAUUGCCUCCAGUCUUUCGCGGCCUCGAGAAGGCUGGUCUUUUACUUCCUCGCCGGUUCUUCACUCGUGCCUCUGAGUACGGAAAAGUACCAGGACAUCUCAAAGAUGACGAGGUCAUACCGAAUUUCUCAGACAUUCCUUCCAUUCUCACAUCAAUUCGACAUCCCCGCCGAAGAGCUAUUUCUAUUGGGCCCCAAUCCGAGGCCGAUGCAUAUGAGACAUUGGCGUAUAGAGAAAAAAGACGACGCGAGAGCAUCUCCGACAAUGCACAUGGCAUUCCUGGUGAACAAGGUACUACCACCAAACGCUCGGCAUCCAAGUUGGAGAAGUACGAGUCGCAAAUGGGAACUGUCAACCCUAGACAAAGUUCCAAUGCCUCAGCCCAUGUGCAAACAGGCCUUAUAUCCUCGGGGGUCUAUGAGAUAGCCAACGGUGCCACUUCCACGGAAGACGAGGAACAAAUGUUUUCGAUGAUCAAGAAGCCUCGUGUCCGGUAUGAUGUAGAGGUGGUAACGAGAUUAAUCGUGUAUAUGGGCAUUGGCGUGAUCGUGGUCGAUGUUAUGGGGUAUGUGUUUGAUAUUGUGGGUCUGGCACCCUGA